CGGUAGACGUGGGGGUGGCUGCCGGUGGAUUUAAUAACAACAAACCUUGUGCAAAUCCGUCUGGGUCUUUCUUCUUUUACGCUUUUACGGAUGACUGUUUAGUUCUUGACUCGUAUUUUGAUAACAUAAAGUAAAAACAGACGCUGUAAGAUGUUAACUAACGCAUUAUACGAACAAGGAGAGAGAAGAAUCCAGCGAUCCGAGGUGGCACAGCUGCAGCGUUUUUGUUGUGGAGCUGUGCGAGGACUGUGAAUGAAAUGGAAAAGGCAGAAAAUGGAGCUUCACAACCGGCUUUGUCUAUCGAUGUCAACGAAAACGAGGAAACAAACAAGCCGCACACUGCACUGUCAGAUUGCAGCACGGCCGCGCCGACUCAUCUGUUGAGAAUCAACAAGAACCAAGCCUUCGCCGAGGAUAAUAGAAAGUCGGGUGAGAUAGCGAAAGGGUAUGUUUGUGUGGUGAAUAGGAGAAAUGUAAACGUAGACGCGGAUGUGCUGCCGUCCCGGUGCGGGGGAUCCGGGGAUAGGAGGAUGCUUGAUUUCGUUACAGAUUGUCUUCCCGGCGGGAUUAAAGACAACUGUGUCAUUUCGGAGCUGUGUAGCGAUGCCACACUAAACGGAUUUACUGAGUCAUCGGGAGGGCUAAUGGUUGGAUCAAAAGCUGGAGGAGGGGGAAGAGAGGGAACUCCAUCCUGCUCGGCCAGCGUUACCGCUGGUCAGCAGGAAAUGAACGGGAUGCUGCUAGACGGGAUAUCACAGAGGGCCGGGGGCGCAGAGUCCACCCCUGACAGCCGAGACAAGGGGUGCUUAAAACCGGAGACGAUGCUACAGUGCACGGCGCUCCCUUCGCUUUCGUGUGAUGGAAGACACGAGCAGAACUGCACUUGCACGGCCUCUCCACCUGUAACCGUGAAGCUCUCUAAUGGGGAUAUGGACAGUGUUCAGCAAGGUGCUUACGGCAGCGAGUACUCUGUGUCAGAGACUGUAGAGCGACCCUCAUUUGCUUGCAAAGCACCAGGCGCUUCUGAAAAGGAAGCGAAAGCUGCAAAUGGAGGAGAGCUGAUAGUAAACAGAGCCGAUGCAAAUUUACACUGCUGCCCCGCAGACACAGACGCCGUUACGUGUAAUCCACACAUCAAAAACACCCCGUCCUCACCUGCCCCGUGUGAUACUGACAUAGAGGGGACCUGUCGCGUCAGGGAGGAACCUAUACCUGGUGAAGUCCAGCACACAACACUAGUGUCAGACGGUGUUUCUUCUGAGCCAAGUGCCAGGAAUUCGUCAUCGAGCCCGCCACAACCCGAAGACAGCAAAAGCCACGGUUCUGAAACGGAAUCCAGCUCGAAUGAGGAGCAUCAGAGCAAAGGUGCCCCUUCAAGGCCCUUGACUCUUAGGACGCACCCGAAUAGCACCGUCUCUCUCAGCUGCGACUCUACUCCUCUUAGCCCGGAGGAUGGGGACAUGUUCGGGGCGGAAGGGCACCAUGACCUCCGGUUCAUGGAUGUCAGCUUAAGUUCCAGAAACACUUUCGAGGCCAGCCGUCGUCAGAGCGCUCCCGACAACAUCCCGGAUGCGACUGGUGACUCUGAAACCUGUGACCAGGGUCUUAAACCCAAAAAGCAAGGAAUCUCCGAUUUUUUCGGAAGGAGCUUGUUUUCCAGGAAGUCCAAGGACCCCAAGCCCCCGUCCCAGAGCGUGCCCGGGUGGAAGCUGUUUGGGAAAGUGCCGCUCCGAGAGAACCCGCCAAAAGACUCCAAAACCAUCCAGCAGGACAGUAACCCAGGCAAUCUUACGUCUGUAUCCACACCAAAUCUCUUAAGCACAGGGGAGUACGAGGCGAGGAUGGGGAAGACGGCCAGCCCCGCCGCCCCUCCCCAGCAGGGGCGCCGCAAAAACCUGGAGUUCGAGCCCCUCUCCACCACGGCGCUCAUUCUGGAGGACCGGCCAGCAAACCUUCCGGCAAAGUCCGCAGAGGAGGCGCAACGUCACCGUCAGGAGUACGACGAGAUGGUGGCAGAGGCCAAGAAGAGAGAGAUGAAGGAGGCCCAGAGGAAGAAGAGGCAGAUGAAGGAGAGGUUUAAACAAGAGGAGAUCAUCGCCAAUGCCAUGGUGAUCUGGAAUACAGAGAUCCUCCCGAACUGGGAGAGCAUGCGCAACACCCGCAGGGUGAGGGAUCUGUGGUGGCAAGGCCUGCCCCCCAGUGUACGUGGCAAAGUGUGGAGCCUGGCCAUCGGAAAUGAACUCAACAUCACACACGAGCUGUACGAAAUCUUCCUCUCUAGGGCCAAGGAGAGGUGGAGGAGCCUGAGCGAGACGAGCUCGGAGACAGAAGCAGAGGAUUCAGGAGCGUCGCUUGCAGACAGGGAGUCAAGUCUGGAUUUGAUCAAGCUGGAUAUAUCUCGGACUUUUCCCUCUCUCUUCAUAUUUCAGAAGGGUGGGCCCUAUCACGACCUCCUGCACAGCGUGUUGGGGGCCUACACCUGUUACAGACCUGACGUGGGAUACGUUCAAGGGAUGUCCUUCAUUGCUGCUGUUCUCAUCCUCAACCUGGAAGAAGCCGACGCAUUCAUUGCCUUCGCCAACCUCCUCAACAAGCCUUGUCAGAUGGCCUUCUUCAGGGUGGAUCACGACUUGAUGCUGAAAUACUUCGCCGCAUUUGAAGUGUUCUUUGAAGAAAACCUCCCCAGACUGUUUAAUCAUUUCCAGAGUUACAACCUCACCCCCGAUCUCUAUCUGAUUGACUGGAUCUUCACCCUGUACAGCAAGUCCCUGCCCCUGGACCUGGCCUGCCGCGUGUGGGACGUCUUCUGUCGGGACGGGGAGGAGUACCUGUUCCGGACGGGGCUGGGCAUCCUUCGGCUGUACGAGGAGGUGCUGCUGCAGAUGGACUUCAUCCACAUCGCCCAGUUCCUGACCCGGCUGCCCGAGGACAUGGCCUGCGAGAGGCUCUUCAGCUGCAUCGCCGCCAUACAGAUGGUCAGCAGCAACAAGAAGUGGACACAGGUAUUUUCUGCGUUGAUGAAGGAUAACAAGGACCUGGACAAGAAUAACAGCCCAGCACUAAAAAGUUAAUGAUGUAGCCAUGAUACACCACCUACAGUUCAGUAACUGUUCUGUAGGAUAUUCCUCUAAAAAUUCCAACGAGAAAGAUGAGGCGUCAGCAAUGGAAGAUUAAGAGUAGGCAAUGACGAAAUUAUUUUCACCAAAAGGUUGUGAAGCAAUACUUGAAGACAGAAGCCUAUAUCACCAUUGCCAGUAUUACCGAAGCGGGACUUUUCUGCGGGGUUAAGUAACACAUGGAUGUUUGGAGCUGUGAAAAGGAAGCUGUCCUUGUAGAUGGAGAUAUAUGAGCCUAAGUGUCAGAAUAUCACCAGCCCAAAGUAUGCUUUAAAUGAACAGGACUUCCAGCUUGUGCUGAUGAUAAAUAUAUGUAAAGUACUCCUGUGGAUUUUGUUUAUGAAAUAAACUAACCUGUCUGGAAAAUGUCCCUCCAAUAACUCUACAUACCAGCAGAUACAUAGACUUUGAUGGACCAAUCCAGUAAGAGCAUUUAAAUCUUAUUUUAAAAUGUUUGAAUAUGUAUUGCGAUUGCACCACAGUUGUAUAUCUACCCUAUAUCCAUGGCUUAUAGUAACAUGAAAUAUGCUUAUUUACUUGCACUGCACUUGAAACCCAUACAAAGGGCCGUGUGCUACCCUUACAGUAAACACUAUUAAUGAUAAGCGUAAUGAAAUGAACUGCUUUUGAUGUUGAAUGAGCUGAUAAGCAGGUAACUGAAGGUGCAGCUCCUUUUACUGUGAUAUGCAUUAACCUGAAACACAAUAAUGAUUUGGCACAUGAUUUUUUUUUCCUCUGUAUCCUUUGAACUUGGUCAGUGCAAGUGGAAUUAUUCCAUGAAAAACAAAAACAGAUCUUUAUGAAGUGCAAUAGAGAACUUGGAGUGGAAUGUGGGAUUUCAGUGUUUAACUAUAUUAAAACAGGUCUAUGUUUUUCCUUUUCUGAGUCUAGAAACCACAGUUUAUGCUUAGUGGAAGUCUGCUACUAUGAACAUGUCACAAUACAGCUUUGACAGUCCGGUUAGGAAAUGGUUAAAGGUGCAAGAGAUUUCCAGCAUUCACGGUAUAAAUUAUUUUUAUGCUUAGUGUGUGGUAAAUGGUAAACAGUACUGCAUUACUUUUUUUAAAGAUUUCCUCAUCUUUAAACAAUAUAACACUCAUCUAGAGUCUUUAU